AUGAGUGCAGAAACUCAGAGGGUAGUGGUGAUCCAGGAUGCAUCAAGAGAUGUUAGUUCAAAAGCUAUCCUUGGAGCCCUGGAAAAGUUUUCUGUUAAAGCUGGAGAUCAGCUUAUAAUUGUUGCUAUCCUUGAUUGGAUUAGCAGUCCCAUGGGUUACAUGGUCAGAGUUGAUUCCAGUUCAAUGAUGAUUUCAACAAACCAGAAAAUAAUUGGAAAAUGGCAUACCAAAAAAAAGAAAGAAUAUCUCAUGAACGAGAACAUCAAGGAGAUUUCCAACUACUGUAAAUUGAAUGAGAUUGGAUUCCAAAUUGAAGUGCUUGUAGGACCUACUGCAGAGGUUGCCUCUACUGCUGCCAAGGAUUUUCAGGCCACAAGUUUGAUUUUAUUUAGACAGAUCCACAAAGAUAUGAAGUAUUUCAUGCGCCGGCAUCCUUGUGGCAUGUAUAGGAUAACAAGUGACAAUUCAAUUGAGAGGUUGAAAGAUCCAAAAUCAACAUCCAGCACCAAAUCACUUGUUGACAGGCAAGAAAAUGUAAGCUAUAAAGAAAUGUUUCCAGGAAGUGAAGAGGAAGAACGUUCUCUUCAGAGUGAGUAUCAAGCAGUGUCCAGGUCUUCAUCAAGUGAUAUGUUGACAUCAACUGGAGCCUCAAGUCAGUGGAGUACAGAAGUCUCCAAUUCUAGUUUUGGAAGCUUCCGGUAUGGCCAUCAACACCAAGAGGGAAAUUUCUAUUCAAAUAUAGAACAAGAAACAGCAGGAAACCGAUCACUAUUUCACAUUUCGGAGAAUGAAGAAAUGAACCAAUCGGAAGUAGAUAAAAAAGAGAAACACGGUAGAAAUACUGAAAAAUCUCAUAUGGAGGAAGAAUUUACAAAUCCACUUUGUUCUGUGUGCAAUAAUCGACGACCAAAAGUUGGAUUGCAGAUAGAUUUCACUUAUGCAGAGCUCUUUGCUGCUACAAAAGGAUUUUCUCCCAACAACUUUCUGUCAGAAGGAGGAUUUGGAUCUGUCUACAAAGGACUGCUUAAUGGAAUGAAGAUUGCUGUCAAGCAACAUAAAAAUGCAGGUUUCCAAGGAGAGAAGGAGUUUAAGUCCGAAGUGAAUUUACUUAGCAAAGCAAGACAUGAGAAUGUGGUUGUGCUGCUAGGUUCAUGCUCAGAAGGAACUAAUAGGCUUCUUGUGUAUGAAUAUGUUUGCAAUGGUUCACUAGACCAACAUCUAUCAGAACAUUCUCGCUCACCUCUUAGUUGGGAAGAUAGGAUCAAUAUAGCAAUUGGAGCUGCCAAAGGCUUACUAUACUUACACAAGAAUAAAAUGAUACACAGAGAUGUGAGACCAAAUAAUAUCCUUAUAACACAUGAUCAUCAUCCAUUGAUAGGAGACUUUGGAUUAGCAAGAAGUCAAAAUGAAGACUCGAUACACUCAACCGAAGUUGUUGGAACUUUGGGGUACUUGGCACCAGAAUAUGCAGAACAUGGGAAAGUGUCUAGCAAAACAGAUGUAUACUCUUUUGGAGUGGUUCUACUGCAGCUAAUAACAGGAAUGAGAACUACAGAUAAAAGACUUGGAGGAAGAAGUCUUGUGGGAUGGGCAAGGCCACUUUUAAAAGAGAGGAACUAUCCAGAUUUAAUUGAUGAAAGGAUCAUUAAGGCUCAUGAUGUUCAUCAACUAUUUUGGAUGGUUCGAAUAGCUGAGAAAUGUCUAAGCAGAGAGCCUCAAAGGAGACUAAAUAUGAUUCAGGUUGUUGAUGCUUUGACUGACAUUGUGGAAGGCAGAACAUGUGACAGCAUCUUAAGAGAUUACUCCCCAGCAAGGUCAGAUUCGAUUUAUAGUGCAUCAGAGUCUGACGAAUCUGAAGAUGAAAUGAAGGAAUCCUUCAAGUGCGAAGAUGAAUCACCAACUCGCAGUUCAGAAUUCAUAGAUAGUAAUAGCACAUGUCAGAUGAUGCACAUGAAUUUAAGACAGCCACCAUCUCCUCCAAUUCAGAGCGUCUCUCUAAGUAGCUCAAGCUCGCAUUAUUCUCAUGAUGAGUCAACUAGUGAUGGUGAAGCAUUACAAAUAUCAAAAUCCAAUGAGGGUAGCUCAAUUUUUAGAUGCUAG